ACUACAGUACAUUGUAAAUAAGGAACUAAAGAAGUAGUUUCACUUUAGUUUUCUGACUUGUGACGCAGUUAUUUUCCACCAUCUAAAGCUCACAAUACGGCAAAGUAUCAUGGAGGAGAUGAAGAAAGAACGGGAGGAGAUGAAGAAAGAACUGGAGGAGAUGAAGAAAGCACUGGAGGAGAUGAAGAAAGAACGGGAGGAGAUGAAGAGAAAACAAAUGAAGGAGGAGAAGAAAAAACAGGAGGAGUUGAAGAAAGAACGGAAGGAGAUGAAGAAAGAACGGGAGGAGUUGAUGAAAGCACAAACUAGAACCAGUGACAAGUCGACUACAUCCAAUGUGUCCUUCAAGAGUGAUCUGUCAAAAGAUAUCGCCAUUGAUUUUAAAGGAGAAUUUUCUCCUCUCAGGAAGGAGGAGAAGAAAAAACUGAAGGAGGAGAAGAGAAAACAGUGA